GCUUGUCCUUGCAGCUUAAAAUAUGGAAGUUGCCUUGAACUGUCACCGCCUUCUCGUAUGCCAAAAGCAUUUUCUUAUUAGACUUCCGCCCUUCAAACUUCCCUCUCUACGCAAAAUCAAAUCUCUUGUCUUUCAUUCGCAACAAAACGUUAGACCUCUCAGGGGUUUUAGUUGCAGAACCAUGGCCUCUUCUGGUACCACUCCUUGCAUUCAAGUGAAGGAUAAGAUUGAUCUCAACGAUAAAGAGAAGGAGAUUUUCGACCGAUUACUCCAAGUGCUUCGGCAUUUCAAUCUUCAGACUCAGCUCCGUGUUGCCGGCGGUUGGGUUCGGGAUAAGCUUCUUGGAAAAGAAUGCUAUGAUAUUGAUAUUGCUUUGGAUGACAUGUUGGGCCGUGAGUUCUGUGAAAAAGUCAAUGAGUAUUUGUCUCACAAAGGGGAAGAAAAGCAAGGAAUUGGUGUCAUCCAGUGCAAUCCUGACCAAUCCAAACACUUGGAAACAGCGAGAAUGCACCUUUUUGAUGUAUGGAUUGAUUUUGUAAACCUGAGAUCUGAACACUAUAGUGAGAACAGCCGCAUUCCUACAAUGGAAUUUGGCACUGCAAAAGAGGAUGCUUACCGAAGGGAUUUAACUAUCAACAGUUUGUUCUACAAUAUCAACACAAGUUCAGUUGAAGACUUUACAGAAAGAGGUUUAACAGAUUUAAAAUAUGGAAGGAUAGUGACUCCUUUACCUCCUUUGGAAACUUUUUUGGACGAUCCACUCCGUGUUCUCCGAGCUAUUCGUUUUGGUGCAAGGUUUGGAUUUGUGCUAGAUGAGAAGUUAAAGGAAGCUGCAGCCAGCGAUAAAGUGAAAACUGCUAUUGCAGAUAAAAUCAGCAAAGAGCGCAUUGGUCAUGAAAUCGAUCUCAUGAUCUCAGGAAAUCAGCCACUUAAGGCGAUGAACUAUAUUUGUGAUUUGCAGUUAUUUUGGGUUAUCUUCAGUCUUCCUGAUAAAUAUACGCCUGCAUUGUUAGAAGGAUGUGACAGGCUUUGCAUUGCUUUCAUGGAUGCUGGAUGGAACCUGUUGCAAGAAAUUGGGUUUUCAACCUUUAAUGAUGAAGAGAGAAGGCUUUACUUUUAUGGGCUGUUGUUUCUUCCUCUAAGAAAGACUGAUUAUGAUAUCAAAGCCAAGAAGUUUCCCAUUGUCAACCAUAUUUUCCGGAAUUCUCUCAAGCUUAAAGCCAAUGAUGCAGAGAUGGUUGUGAACUUACACAAAGCAUCAGAAAGAUUUAUAUCAUUGAUUCAUUGCGUAGAGUCUAAUGAGGACAUCAAGCUUGCUAAAGGUUAUUUAGGACGAGAAACUCUUGAUGUACCUGUGGAUUCAAGAAAGCGAAUUCUAGCAGGGUUACUUCUAAGGGAUAUUAAAAGUUUUUGGCAAGUUGCCUUGAUGAUGUCGACAUUGAUAUACCCUAGUGACCAUGAUCAAAUCGAAGAUUUCUCAGGAAGGCACUUUGAAUUGGACAAGAGAAAAGAAUUGUUCCGUGGUGUUGAAAAUUUGAUUAUUGAACUAGGACUUGAAAAUGUAUGGGAAAUGAAACCAUUAGUGAAUGGGAAAGAUAUAAUGAACAUUUUACAGAUGAAGUCUGGAGGACCCCAAGUUAAGGAAUGGCAACAAAGAUUGCUCGAAUGGCAGCUUGCUCACCCAUCUGGGACUGCAGAGGAAUGCCAUGAUUGGUUGAGGGAGACUUAUUCCAAACGUGCAAAGCUGGGAUGACUAUUGAACUUGAGUGCUCUCAUUUUGCUUAUUCCAAUUUCUAUAUCCAAGGGUAUGCCUUUGUUACAUGAAGCAGGAUUGUACAAAGUAGAAGCAGCAACCUCCUCGAAUGUUCUCACAUCAAUUUUGUGCAGAAAACUUGCUUCUCCUGAAAUGUUUUUAGAUUACCAUGCCUCUGUAAUCCGCGGGAUAUGUAGCUCCCUUGAAUU